AUGGCCAGCAUUGACUCGAAGGCCGACCCAACACUCGCGGAGGUGGAUGCAACCAAGCGCGAUGCCAGCGAUAGUGUCGCCGGCGUCGAAAGUACCGAAGAGCCCCCAUCCAAGAAGGCGCGAUUGGACGAGACACCGGAGAUGAAAGAAAAGCAGCAGGACGCUCGCGAUAGAGGAAUUGCUCCCAUCAAGGCAGAAUACCGAAUUUCAGCCGUCCCUCGGCCUGCUCAAGUUCCCGCGAAUGCCGACGACGCUGCUGAAGCAACUUCUCAUACCGAACGCGAGGAGGAAAAGAAGGACAGGAAGAAGAAAAAGAAGCCCACCGGCCAGAACACCAACCGUAGCUUCGGCUCCUCUAAAGAUGAAAAGGGCCUGUGCAUGUCCGUCGCGUUCACACCCGAAUUUUCCCCAAAGGAGUGUCAAUUCGGCGACAAGUGCCGGUUCGAACAUGAUCUCCGAACCUAUUUGAAGCAGUACAAGCGCGAGGACCUUACAACCUUCAACGGACUUUGUCCCGUGUGGGAUGCCCGUGGAACUUGUGCUGCUGGGUGGAGAUGCCGUCUUGUCAGCACUCACUCAACGGAAAGGGAGACCGAAGAUGGUAAGAAGGAGUUGAUUUUGCUGGAAGACGAGGAACGUAAGCAGAAGGCUCAGCUUUUGGUUCCAUUUGCAAAUGCCGACCGCAUGGUCAACAUAAUAUCCCAGGAGGAUAAGGUUGCCCUGGCGCGCAAGAAAGAAACUACACCUCGUGCGAACCAGUACAACGAAUGGCUCACUACGGCGGCUCAGGAAUUGGAGAAGUUUCUCCACGGCAAGAAAAAGGCCGAGAAGGUGCAGGCUGAGGCGAAUGGUGAUUCUGAGGAGCCCAAAGACGAAUCCAAGGAAGAGCCAAACGAAGGUUCCAAGCAAGUGUCUAAGGAAGAGCGGGAAGAGCACCGUGCUCAAUAUACCGAACCACCCUUCAUGCCAUCCGAGAAGCGGCGCAUCUACUUUGGUCCCGAAACCCCCACACUGGCGCCGCUGACCACGCAAGGAAAUAUGCCUUUCCGCAGACUCUGCACUGAUCUUGGUGCCCAAUUUACCUACUCUGAGAUGGCCAUGAGUAUGCCACUCAUCCAAGGUAACAAGUCCGAGUGGACCUUGCUUAAGGCCCACGAGUCAGAAAUGCUCCCGCCAAGCGUAAUCCCGGGAGACAAUAUUGUUCAAGGUUAUGACAACUCCAAAGAUUUCAAGUUUGGUGCUCAAAUCACGGCCAACAAGCCCUGGCAGGCAUUGAAGGCUACCGAAGUUCUGUCAAAGUUCACUCCGAACCUACGUGUGAUCGACCUGAACUGUGGUUGUCCCAUUGAGCUCGUGUUCCGCGAUGGUGCCGGAUCUGCUCUCCUUGACCAUCACUCUAAGCUGGAGAAGAUCAUUCGUGGUAUGAAUGCUGUUUCGCAGGAAAUUCCCAUUACGGUCAAGAUUCGCAUGGGAACCAAGGAUAACUUCCCUACGGCCCUUAAGCUCGUCGAGCGCGUUGUUCUUGGUGGUCAUGAGUCUAGCAUUUUGAACGUUGGUCCUCCUGGUGCCGCGGCCAUCACUCUGCACGGCCGGAGUAGACAGCAACGGUAUACUCGCCAGGCCGAUUGGAGCUAUAUCGCCGAUUGCGCCGCUCUCAUCAAGCGCUUGAAUGAAAAGAAGGACGAUAUCACCGACACCGUCCGAGAACCUGAUGCUCGUUAUCAACCGAACGGCGGCAGGACCUACUUCCUUGGGAACGGUGACUGUUACUCGCACGUCGACUACGACAACCACAUCAAGCACGCCGGCGUGGAUUCGGUUAUGAUCGCACGUGGUGCUCUUAUCAAGCCUUGGCUCUUUGAGGAGAUCCAGACAGGCCAGUACCUGGACAAAUCUGCCUCGGAACGUCUGGCUUAUAUUGAGAAGUUUGCCAAGUACGGUCUUGAGACCUGGGGUUCCGAUGAGCACGGCGUGGGUACCACUCGCCGGUUCUUACUGGAAUGGUUGAGCUUUGCUUACCGUUAUACUCCCAUCGGCUUGUUGGAAUACCUACCUCCAAAGAUCAACCACAGGCCUCCUGCCUAUCGUGGCCGCAAUGAGCUGGAAACCCUGAUGGCCAGCGGUAACUGCAAAGAUUGGAUCAAGCUCACUGAGAUGUUCCUCGGUCCCGCCCACCCAGACUUCAAGUUUGAUCCUAAGCACAAGUCCAAUGCUUACGAGGAAGCAGAGGGUACUCGCAGCGAGCUCAACCAACGAAUCAUGCCAUAUUUUGCGAAUGAGUACAGAUACAUUUGA